AUGGCUACCGCCGCCGCCGUCGUGGAUGCUGCCAUCUCGAAACGCCGCCCCCGCCCCCGCUUCCGCAGGCUCAAGAAGAACAGGGCCGCGGGCGCCAAUGCGGCUGUUAGCGAGGGCACCAGGGAGAACGCCGGUCCCGACCCCCACCUCCAGGUGGAGGUGGAGUACGUGCCGGAGAAGGCCGACCUCGACGUCGACGAACCCCUCCUCGGCGUCUUCACGGCCAUCUUCGAGAAAUUCAGCUUCACGGCCGCCGCCGCCGCCAAGGGCGAGGGGAACGAGAAGGAAGCAUCUAAUGAUGCCGCAAAGAAGAAGGGGUCCGAUGUUGAUUAUCAUGAGCAGGAUGCCCCAAAAAAGAAGCAGCUGCAGAGGAUGAAGAUUGCAGAGUUGAAGCAGAUAUGCAACAAGCCUGAUGUUGUUGAGGUCUGGGAUGCUACUGCCGUUGAUCCCAAAUUGCUCGUAUAUCUCAAGUCCUACAGGAAUACUGUGCCUGUUCCAAGACACUGGUCCCAGAAACGGAAGUUCUUGCAGGGGAAGCGAGGUAUUGCAAAACGACCUUUCCAGCUUCCUGACUUCAUUGCUGCAACUGGAAUUGAAAAAAUGAGACAGGCAUACAUUAAGAAGGAGAACAGCAAGAUGUUGAAACAGAAACAGCACGACCGUACUCAGCCCAAAAUGGGCAAGAUGGAUAUGGAUUAUCAGGUUUUGCAUGACGCAUUCUUCAAAUAUCAAACAAAACCCAAUUUGACUAGUCAUGGUGAUCUAUAUUAUGAAGGGAAAGAGUUUGAGGUGAAGCUUAGGGAAAUGAAACCAGGUAUGCUGUCCAGGAACCUUAAAGAAGCUCUUGGUAUGCCUGAUGGUGCCCCGCCCCCAUGGCUUAAAAGCAUGCAGCUGUAUGGUCCUCCACCCUCUUAUCCUUGUCUGAAGAUCCCAGGUUUAAAUGCCCCAGUAUCUCCUGGAGACAGUUUUGGUGAUGCACCAGGGGAGUGGGGAAAGCAUCCUGUUGACGAGGAAGAACCUCUCGAUCGCAGCAAGCACUGGGGAGAAUUGGAGGAAGAGGAAGAAGAGGAGGAGGUGGAGCAGGAACCAAUGGAGGACGAGGAAAUAGAAGAAGGCAUUCGAUCUGUUGACACCAUCUCAAGUACUCCAGCUGGUGCCGAAACACCUGAUGUUAUUGACCUUCGGAGGUCGCAGCCUGAGAGGCAGGCAAAAAGGCUAUACAAGGUUCUUGAACGGAAAGAAGGACGGAUUGCCACUGGGAUGCUGUUUGGGUCGACGCACGCGUAUCGUUUCUAAAAACAGAAACAGCUGCUGAUGUUUCAAAUAGAUAACUCUGAAUUAUUACUAUGUUUCAAAUAGACUUCUGUUGGUAUUUUGUUGAUCUCGCAAGGCCAGAGAAUGCCGCGCAACCAAUUUGAAAAGAGCGUGUUGGGUUCGAAUGUUGAGGCUCAACUGCUUGUCCAAACAGAGUUUUGUCUUUGUAUCCUCUUCUCUCACUGAAAUGCUUCAAAGAUUUGGUCGCGAGAUUUGUAAACCGUCUGUACAGCAUAAC